CGUUACAAAAGGUGUUCAAUGGGUCAGGGGAAAUUCACUGACCUUAACAACGAUAAUAACGGUUAACCAAUGACUUGGUCAAAAUCAAGAAUUCAAUCUCUCUCUUUCUCUCUCUCUCUCUCUCUCUCUCUCUCUCUGUAUCAAUCUCUCUCUCUCUCUCGCCUCCUUAUCCCCUCUGUCUUCUCUCUCCACCUUCAACACCAAACCCUCGAAAACAAACAAUGAAAAUAACUCAUUACCAAAUCAAGAAAAAAACGGAAAACCAGCCAAAGAACGAACAAGAAAAACUCACACCGGCUGGUUUUGUGGCCCCAAGAGGCACGUUCCAACUUAAGUGAUGGCCAUGGUUCAUGUCGUUAGAUGUUUUUACGUUUUCUUGAUUACUACUUUUUUUCCAAUGGCAUCUUCCCUUACUGAAUUGCAAGCCUUGGUUAAGCUCAAGAAAUCUUUCACAAACGCCGCGAGUCUCAAUUCGUGGGGGUUAGGGACGACUCCGUGUAACGUAAAUGGUCGGCCAUGGAUUGGAAUCAGCUGCGAGAACAGCCUCGUCAGCAUUUUGAGCCUCGAAGAUUCGGGUUUAUCGGGGAGUAUAGACAUUGACGCUCUGCUUGAAUUGAAGGGCCUUCGAGUUGUCAGUUUUAAGAACAAUUCUUUCUCCGGUCCAAUCCCGGAUAUCAACCGUUUAGGGGCUUUGAAGGCCAUUUUCUUGUCGGAAAACCAGUUUUCGGGUGAAAUUCCCUCUGAUUAUUUCGCCAACAUGGAUUCAUUGAAGAAAGUGUGGUUUGGUGGGAAUAAUUUUUCCGGUCCAAUACCGGAAUCCAUAGCCAAUUUGCACAAUCUAACAGAAUUGCACCUCGAAAACAAUCAGUUUUCGGGGUCAAUCCCGUUGUUGGAACAAUCUACAUUGGAAUCGCUUGACCUUUCAAACAAUUUAUUAGAAGGGGAAAUCCCAGCUAGUUUGAACAAAUUCAAUGAGCGUUCGUUUCAGGGUAACGCCGGGCUUUGUGGGGAGAAUAUAGGUACAUCCUGCAAUAAUGUGGCAGAUGCGGUACCCCCAACGGGCAGUGGUGAUCAAGGGAAUGUCUCUGGCUCUAGUUCCAGCAAGACGGCAGCAGGGCUCAUGGCAGUGGCCGUUGUGCUUCUAUGCGUCAUGAUCGUGGCGAUCCAUGUGAUGAGGCAGAGGCAGAAGAAAUUCAAUUUGCUAGGGAAGGAAGACUUUGACGACGCAGUUGAGGUACGAACGUCAGGUGCGAGUAAAAAGGAUAUGGGUUCGAUCAGGAAAGGAAACGGGUCGAGCAGGAGGGGAUCGCACAAGGGCAGUGGUGGGGAUUUGGUUUUGGUGAACGAGGAGAGUGGUACGUUUGGGUUGACGGAUUUGAUGAAGGCGGGGGCGGAGGUGCUUGGGAACGGGACGUUGGGGUCGUCGUAUAAGGCCAUGAUGAGUAACGGGAUGACGGUGGUGGUGAAGAGGAUAAAGGACAUGAACAAGUUGGGGAAAGAGGGGUUUGAGGCGGAGGUCAGGCGGCUCGGAAAGCUGCGACACCAGAACGUGUUGACACCGUUGGCGUACCAUUAUAGGAAAGACGAGAAGCUUUUGAUCAAUAAGUACGUUGCCAAAGGCAGCUUGCUCUACCUAUUGCAUGGUGAUCGCGGGCUUAACCAUGCUGAGCUGAAUUGGCCUGUGCGUCUAAAGAUUGUUCAAGGAAUCGCUCGAGGAUUGGGCUACCUUCACGCUGAACUCGCUUCUGCCAACUUGCCUCAUGGCAACCUAAAAUCAAGCAAUGUUCUUCUUGGUCCUGACUUUGAGCCAUUGCUUGUUGAUUAUGGAUUCAGUCCAUUAGUUAACAAUGCACAAGCCGUUCAAGCACUACUUGCCUAUAAGUCUCCAGAGGCAACGCAAACUCACGAAACGUCUCCCAAAUGCGACGUAUACUGUUUGGGAAUUAUUAUUCUCGAAAUUCUGACAGGGAAGUUCCCUUCCCAAUACCUCAACCACGGAAAGGGUGGGAUUGAUAUCGUCGAUUGGGUGAGAGCCGCGAUUUCAGAGGGGAGAGGGGCUGAAUUGUUUGAUCCGGAGAUCAUAAACUCGAGAAAUUCUCUUGGUGAGAUGGAAAAGCUUCUCCGGAUUGGUGCAGCCUGCACGGAGAGUAAUCCUGAUCAACGGCCAGAAAUUACGGAGGCUAUUCAAUGGAUCGAGGAUGUACAUGUUGAGGGUGCUGGUGGCCAAGAGGCUAGAACAGUUCAAGUACCGCGACAGGGAUAUGCUGAAGCAGCUGCGCCGGAAUCGACCCAUCUGUUGAACGUACAAGAUGGGUAUGCAGGGAGGAGACUGAACAGCAUCGGGGAACGGUCAGCGCGUCGGACUAGUGAUAGUUUUGCCUUUGAUAUUUCCUAAUUACCGUAGUUUGUUUCGGGCAGGCAAUCUUUUCUUGGAAUUGAAAAGAAAGAAUACGAGGAAAUGAAACUUCUGGAGAGAAGAAUGAAUCACAAGCCCUUUGUUGUAAUCUUUAGGAACUCAGUAGAAAUCUUUGUUUUAAAGGUGAGAAUGACAAACUUUACUGUGUGUGCUAUAUUUUCAUGUAUGUUUCAACA